ACUUGCAAAAAUCGGUAACCGAUAUUUUAGAACUAUUGCAUACAAAUUUUUUAAAUAUACAUUUACAGUACAUAUGUAUAUACAAAUGCAAAUAUUUCUAAACAGAAUUUUCCAUUUUCUGGUGAAUAAGAUAGCCAUCUGGCAUAUUUUAUACCGUGCAGCUGGACAGGUGCUUUAGUAGGACGGAGUGGGGGAUUUUAUCGGAUCGAAGAAAAGUAAAGUCAGUGGCCAGCUUAAGGCAAUGUUGACAAAUCGCUGACAAAAUUUAUGUUCAUGUCAGCUUAACAAAGACAUGAUGUCCGAAUAAACAUAACCUUUUGUGAUGCUUUAAUGUAUAGAGUUCAGAUACCCGGUAUUAAGAUUAUUAGUGAAACUGCCAAGGCGUAACUAGAGAAUUCCUUAUGUGUUAUCGCGCGUUACAUCUACGAAAUGUAAAUCCGUUUUAUAUACAUUUACAAUUCAUGGGUAACAUUUUUUGAUUGCUCUGUUUUACGUGCAGACGGGGUGAGGAUGUAUAGAUAUCUUUAUUCUUGAAUUUCAAUAAUAAAAAAAAAACAUGGAUGCUGAAGAACAAAAAUUUAUUUGGCUGUUAGAUGAAGACGAGAUAUCUACAUCAUCAGAUGGUAGCUCGACACUUUGCACCAUGUGUGUUGAAGAAUCCGAUUCAACGGCUGUUUUAUAUUGUGACGAAUGUCAAGAAAACUUGUGUGAAAUGUGUGUAUUUUUUCAUGGGAGGCAAAAAACAACUCAAAAUCAUGAGCUAACACACAUUGAAAAUUCAGGAACAUCGGAAAUAAGAUAUCUUCUAUCAGAUCUAGAAGGUGAAAAAACGGCGAAUAGUAAGAUGGAUGAUUUAUUUGUAAAACACAUCUCCGAAGAAAUGGAUUCUAAAUCACUUUUGUUUGAUCGUCUGAUAAAACGGUGUGACGAUGUAAAAAUGGAAACAAAUCUUCAUUCUCAGGACAUUUCAACCGAAAUUAAUUCCCAUUUUGACAAAUACAUCGAAUCUUUGGAGAAACACAGAACUGAACUUCUGAAGCAGACGAGAGAAAUGUCUACGAAGCACACAGAAUUUAUUGCAAACCAACAAUCGGUUCUCUCGAGUUUACAAGAAAAUGUUGAUGAAGUUAAGAAAAUACUGAAGACAAUGACCUCGGGGUUAGGUGGAAGCAGCGGGGAUUGGAGUAGAUUGUCCAAACUUUUGAUGACUAUACGGCAAGCCAAAGUUCACGUGACCUCUCCGGAAACAACAUUUUGUCCAGAUGCUGAUGGUCCCAUUAUUGACCAAUACCAGUUCUACGGACAAAUAUUCAGCGGACAUUUGUGUCCAGCGAAAUGCUAUAUAGAUUGUUCUGGGCUAGAGACAGCAAGGGUAAGACAGAAGGCAUUAGUCAUACUACAUACUUUACAGCAGGAAGGAAAAUCGUUUCCCUGCGAGGCAAAAGUCCGGGUAAAAAUUCUAGAGCCAUCAGGAUCUCUUUGUAAACCAAAAGAAGUAAGAAAUAACAUGGACGGAACUUGGAUGAUAGAGUUUUUACCAUACGAAACUGGAAAACAUGUGCUUCAUGUCACAGUUGAUGGACAGCCCAUUAAAACGAAAUCUGUGGUUUUCAAUGUGAAACACGGUUGGCGAGAACACACUGGCAGAUGGCACUGUUGUUCCGUUUGCUCCGAAAACAGGAGAAAUGAUGAACCGUGUACAUACGGGUCUUCAUUAGCAGGCGACUACUGUUGCAACCAUGACUCUGUCGUCCACCCUGGGGGCCCACAUUGGACAUGCUGUGGUAAACUAACGAAACACUCUGAAUGUGAUACAUAUACCUGGAGAAAAAGACGAAAUCAGACUAGCCCAUACAACAGACCACUGUCAAAAUGCAGUUUUGAUCUCAGUCUUAUGAACUCUGUUAUAAAGGAAGUUACCCUGUAAAUAUUGUCAAUAUUGUGAAAUGACCAUGACCUCUACAUAAGUCUUGAAUAAAAUAAUUUCUACACAAAAUUU